UAAAAUAAGCGGUUUUCCUUGAAGUUCUCGUAUUUAUUUAUUAGUUAGCUUAGUUAGUUUGUGUGUGUAUCGAGGCGCGCACGCUUGCGCCAAAAUUCUUUUCUUUUAACUGACCAAGGAGUUUUGUAUUAAAAAAGUUCCUAGUGCGUUUAGAAGUGCAGUGACUAUUAUUUUAAAAAGACAUUAACUAAUUUUACAUAAAAAAUGGAGCUAAAUAUGCUUUUCAUCAUCAGCUCGUUUCUGGUGCUGACAGCUGGAUACCCCCAAGCCACGAUAGACCCGAGUGUCCUGGUGGAAAUUUUUGGCACUCCUCCCACCACCACGACAGGAGGAGAUAAAAAAUUGGAAGAUAUCACAAUAAAGCCUACAGAGGCCGCAACAUAUCUAACAGACAGCAAUGGGAAUCAAUGCAAGUGUGUGCCUUAUUACCUGUGCGAUAAGGACUUAAAUGGUAACGAGAUAUCUAACGCGAGUGUCACCGGCUGGGGGAUGCUGGAUAUCAGAUUUGGCGAAGAGGACUGUCAAGAAACUGUGGAAAGAUGUUGUACAGAACCCGACACUGUGAAUAAGUACCCGGCGCCUAAACCGGACCCUAAGCUAUUGAAACAGUGUGGAUAUAGGAACCCUAAUGGUCUAGACUUCCAGAUUACGGGUGGAAAUGGCAAUGAAGCGCAAUUCGGUGAAUUCCCCUGGGUGAUAGCUCUUUUAGACGCUCUAAAUGGCAGUUACGUGGGGGUUGGGGUGCUCAUACACCCCCAGGUGGUGAUGACAGGCGCACAUAUUGCAGCAGCGUUCGCUCCAGGAACACUAAAAGUUCGGGCGGGAGAGUGGGACACACAGACAAACAAGGAACGACUGGAAGCGCAGGAACGGCUUGUUAGCGAGAUUGUUAUUAGAAAUGAUUUCAAUCCAAAGAGCCUCCGCAAUGACCUUGCUUUACUUCGUCUGGACAAACCUUUCGAGCUGGCAGAUCAUAUCAACGUGAUUUGUAUGCCGGAGAACAUGCAGGAGUUUGAGAAUAAUAAGAACUGUAUCGCUAAUGGAUGGGGCAAGAAUGUUUUUGGUAAAAAAGGCCACUACGCGGUGAUCCUCAAAAAAGUGGAGAUCGACAUGGUCCCCUUCCAUCAAUGUAACGCGCAGUUAAAACAGACGCGACUGGGCAAGCGGUUUGAGUUGCACAAGAGUUUUGUUUGCGCUGGUGGACAGCCUGGCAAGGAUACUUGUAAGGGUGACGGUGGUGCGCCCCUCGCGUGCCCCAUUGCCCCCGACCGCUACACACUCGCUGGUCUUGUUGCGUGGGGCAUCGGUUGUGGGGACGAAAUACCCGCGGUGUACGCAAGAGUGUCGCUCUUUAGACGAUGGGUAGACGAGAGGAUGGGGGCUUGGGGUUAUGAUACUAAUGUUUAUAGUGUUUAAUAAACGAUUUUGUCGA